AUGGCGAAUCCCGGAGGAGGCGCCGAGGCCUUCGCGCGAUUCAAGCAGUAUGAGUACCGCGCCAACUCCUCCCUCGUGCUCAACCUCGAGUCGCGUCCGCGCGACUCGCACGAACCCACGGGCGAGCCGGAGACCCUCUGGGGCCGCGUCGACAUGAAGAAAUUCGGCGACCGGGCCGGCCACGGCAGGCCGAAGGAGGUGGAGGAAGCUGCGAAGAAGAAGCGCGAGAAGCGCGAGAAGGACCGCCUGAAAUCGCUCGCGGCCGGCGGAACCUCUGCGGCUGGCGCCGGCGGCGACGUCGGCUUGGAUCUGCUCGGGAAGAAGUCGACCAAGCGGCAGAAGCGCGGCACCGGCGCCGGCGGCGGCGGCGGGGGUGGCGGGCAGGGCGGGGCGGGUUUUCAGGAGGACACGGUUCUGUCGCUGGUCGACGACGGGAUGUACCGCCCGCGCACGCGCGAGACGCGCGCCGCGUACGAGCUUCUGCUGAGCCUCAUCCAGCAGCAGUUUGGGGACCAACCGCAGGACGUCUUGCGCGGCGCGGCGGACGAGGUUCUAACGGUUCUUAAAGACGACAAGCUGACGGAUCCGGAGCGGAAGCGCGAAAUCGAGAAGCUGCUGAACGCGAUGCCGAACGAGCGGUUCGCGGAGUUCGUCGCGCUCGGGAAGCGCAUCACGGACUACGAGCAGGGCGGCGGAGGGGGCGGCGGAGGCGGAGGCGGAGCCGGCGGAGACGGGGAGGGCGGAGCGGGGCAGGCGCUAGACGACGAUAUCGGCGUGGCGGUUGAAUUCGAAGAGGAGGAGGAUGAGGACGAUGAGGAUUUAGACGAGAUUCAGGAGGAGGAUGAGGACGAGGAGGAGGAGGAGGGCGCGGAAGGCGGGGACGGCGGAGAGGGCGCGGCGGACGGCGGAAUGCAGAUGGCGGGCGCGCUAGACGACGACGAGGAGCGCGAGGAGGAGGGGCUGAGCGUUCAGGACAUCGACGCCUAUUGGCUGCAGCGCAAGAUCGCGCAGGCGUACGCCACGUCAGCAGGCGGCGGAAUCGACCCGCAGCAGAGCCAGAAGCUCGCGGCGGAGGCGCUGGGGAUAUUGGAGGCGGCGGGCGGCGGGGAAGGGGACGGGGGAGGGGGAGGCGGAGGCGGAGGCGGAGGCGGAGGGGGGGCGUCGGGGUGGGGCGCAGGCGCGGGUGCGGAUGAGCAGCAGCGGGAGGCGGAGAAUAAGCUCGUGAGGCUUCUGGAUUACGAUAAAUUCGAUUUGAUCAAGCUCUUACUGCGCAAUCGGCUCAAGAUUGUAUGGUGUACGCGGCUGGCGCGCGCGGAGGACGACGCGGAGCGGAAGCGCAUCGAGGGGGAGAUGACGGAGAAGGGGGACCGCGCGCUACGCGCGAUUCUGGAGCAGCUGCACGCGACGCGCGCGUCCGCCAAGGAGAGGCAGCGGAACCUCGAGCGCAGCAUCCGCGAGGAGGCGCGGAAGCUGCGCGAGGGGGGCGCGGGAGGCGCGGGGGGCGCGGGGGAGGGGAUGGAGGGCGACGAGAUGGAGAUUGGGCGGAAGGGGGAGAGAGGGGGGAAGGGCGGGGAGGAGGGGGAAGCGGGAGGAGGGGGAGGCGGAAGAGGCGGGGGAGGCGGAGGGGGAGGGUGGUUGAAGGGGCAGCGGCAGAUGCUAGAUCUCGAUUCGCUCGGUUUCUCCCAGGGCAGUUGGUUGAUGGCCAACAAACGUUGCGAGCUGCCCGAGGGCUCGUACCGGGCACCCAAAAAAGGUUACGAGGAGGUCCACGUGCCCGCCCUGAAGCCCAAGCCUUUGGGCAAGGGCGAGGAGCUGGUGAAAAUUUCCGACCUGCCCGAAUGGGCUCAGCCCGCGUUUGGCGAGACGAAAACCCUAAACCGCAUCCAGAGCAAGGUUUAUGAAACGGCGCUAUUCACCCCGGAAAAUAUGCUGCUCUGCGCGCCGACCGGGGCAGGAAAAACAAACGUCGCGAUGCUGACGAUUCUGCAUGAGAUCGGGUUGCAUAGGAGGGAGGACGGGAGUAUUGACUUGUCGGGGUUUAAGAUCGUGUAUGUGGCGCCUAUGAAAGCGCUGGUGGCGGAACUGGUGGGGAAUCUGGGAAACCGGCUGAAGGAUUAUGGCGUGAGCGUGAAGGAGCUGACUGGAGAUGCUUCGCUGACCCGACAGCAGAUUGAAGAAACCCAGAUCAUAGUCACCACGCCUGAGAAGUGGGACAUCAUAACGCGCAAGGCAGGGGACCGCACGUACACACAAUUAGUCCGUCUCGUGAUCAUUGACGAGAUCCACCUCCUGCACGACCACCGCGGACCCGUGCUCGAAAGCAUCGUCGCUCGAACCGUCCGCCAGGUCGAGAGCACCCAGGAGAUGAUCCGAUUGGUCGGGCUUUCCGCCACUCUCCCGAAUUACGAAGACGUGGCGAUUUUUCUGCGCGUGGAUUUAGACAAGGGGCUGUUUUACUUCGAUAAUUCGUUCCGCCCGUGCCCGCUCGCGCAGCAGUAUAUCGGAAUCACGGUUCGGAAGCCGCUGCAGAGGUUCCAGUUAAUGAAUGAAAUCUGCUAUGAGAAGGUGGUGGAGUGCGCCGGGCGGCACCAAGUGCUGGUUUUUGUCCAUUCCCGGAAAGAGACGGGGAAGACCGCCCGCGCGGUGCGGGACGCGGCUCUGGCUGCGGAUACGCUGGGGCGGUUUUUGAAGGAGGAUGGGGCGAGCAGGGAGAUUCUGGCGAGUGAGGCGGAGAGUGUGAAGAGUGGGGAGCUGAGGGACCUGCUGCCGUAUGGGUUUGCCAUUCACCAUGCUGGGCUGGCCCGGGCGGAUAGGACGCUCGUUGAGGAUUUAUUUGCUGAUGGGCACAUUCAGGUGCUUGUGUCAACUGCUACUCUCGCAUGGGGUGUCAACCUGCCGGCCCACACGGUCAUUAUCAAGGGCACGCAGGUGUACAACCCUGAAAAAGGAGCAUGGACGGAGCUCUCCCCUUUAGACGUCAUGCAGAUGCUGGGGCGAGCGGGGCGGCCGCAGUACGACACCUAUGGGGAGGGUGUGAUUAUAACGGGGCAUGGCGAGCUGCAGUUCUACCUGUCGCUGCUGAACCAGCAGCUCCCCAUAGAGUCACAGCUGCUGUCGCGCCUGGCGGAUAGCCUGAACGCGGAGGCAGUGCUGGGCACAGUGCACAACGCAAGGGAGGCGUGCAGGUGGCUGGGAUACACGUAUCUGUACAUCCGCAUGCUGCGCAACCCGCCUCUGUAUGGCAUCUCGGCUGACGAUGCUGAGAGGGACCCAGUGUUGGAGGAGAGGCGGGCGGACCUGAUCCACUCAGCAGCGGUGCAGCUGGAUCGCAACAACCUCAUGAAGUACGACCGCAAGUCGGGAGUCUUCCAGGUGACCGAUCUCGGGCGAAUUGCCUCGUUCUACUACAUCUCGCACGGCACCAUCGCGACGUACAACGAGCACUUAAAGCCCACGAUGGGCGACAUCGACCUGUGCCGCCUCUUCUCUCUUUCUGAAGAGUUCAAGUACGUGGGCGUGCGCGAGGAGGAGAAGCUGGAGCUCGCCAAACUGCUGGAGCGAGUGCCCAUCCCCGUGAAGGAGGGCAUUGAAGAGCCCAGCGCCAAGAUCAACGUGCUGCUGCAGGCGUACAUCAGUCAGCUGCAGCUGGAUGGGCUGUCACUCGUCUCUGACAUGGUCUACGUCACUCAGUCCGCUGGUCGCCUCAUGCGAGCAUUGUUUGAGAUCAUCCUAAGGAGGGGGUGGGCGCGCCUGGCAGAGCGGGCACUGAACCUCUGCAAGAUGGUGUCUCGCCGCAUGUGGGCAGCCCAGUUCCCCCUGCGGCAGUUCAAGGGAGUGCCUCUUGAGAUCAUCGCCAAGCUAGAGAGGAAGGACCUCGUGUGGGAGCGAUACUACGACCUCUCCUCCCAGGAGCUCGGGGAACUGGUUCGCAUGCCGAAGCUCGGCAAGACUCUGCAUAAGCUGGUGCACCAGUUCCCUCGCCUCGAGCUGGCAGCGCAAGUGCUCCCGAUAACCCGCUCAGUGCUGCGAGUCGAUCUCACCAUAACGCCCGACUUCCAGUGGGAGGAGAAGCUGCACGGCUUCGUGGAGCCCUUCUGGGUCAUCGUCGAGGAUCACGAUGGAGACACCAUCUUACACCACGAGCUUUUCCUCCUCAAGAUGCAGUACGCUCAAGAGGAUCACUACCUCUCGUUCACGGUUCCGAUCUUUGAGCCGCUGCCGCCGCAGUACUUUGUGAAGGUCGUUUCCGACCGUUGGAUCGGCGCGCAGACGACGCUGCCCGUGAGCUUCCGCCACCUCAUUCUGCCCGAGAAAUUCCCGCCGCCCACCGAGCUGCUGGACCUGCAGCCGCUGCCGGUUACCGCGUUACGGAACGCGGCGUUCGAGGCGCUGUACGCUGGAGAAGCAGCGGCAGGCCUGGUUUCCACCGACCCGUCCGGCGCUGGUUCGGGGGCGGUUCGGCGGGGCAUUUCGCACUUUAACCCCAUUCAGACGCAGGUGUUUACGGUUCUAUACAACACCGACGACAACGUCCUUCUCGCCGCGCCGACGGGCAGCGGAAAAACAAUCUGUGCUGAGUUCGCAAUCCUGCGCAUGCUACAGGCUAAGGCCUCCGGCGGGAGCUCGGGCAGCCCGGACGAAAUUUCGUACGGCGGGCGGUGUGUGUAUGUGGCUCCAGUGGAAGCGAUUGUGAAGGAGAGGGCGAAGGAGUGGGGGGAGAGGUUUGGGAAGAUGCUGGGCGGAGGGGGGAAGGUGAAGGUGGGGGAGCUGACAGGAGAGAGCGGGACGGAUCUGAAGCUGCUGGAGAGGAGCAAUAUCGUUGUGUGCACUCCGGAGAGAUGGGACCAGCUGAGCCGACGAUGGAAGCAGAGGCGGGCCGUGCAGCAGGUGAGAUUUCACUUCAUGAAGUGGUUUCUGGCAGAAAGUCGGCCGGGCCCACCCACAGGGGUAUGGCGCAUGCAGGUGGAGCAGGUGAUGAUGCAGCAGGUGUUGCAGCAGGUGAUGCAGCAGGUGAUGCAGCAGGUGUUGCAGCAGGUGUUGCAGCAGGUGUUGCAGCAGGUGAUGCAGCAGGUGGACCUGUUCAUAGUGGACGAAUUGCAUCUCAUCGGAGGUCACAAUGGCUCCAUUCUAGAAGUCAUCACCUCCUUCCUUACCCUUUCCCACCGAUCUCCACAGGUGGACCUGUUCAUACUCUCAGUCCCUCCUCUCCUCAUUCUCCCGUUUUGCGUGCUGCCUUCCUCUCCUCCUCUAUCCUCUGCUUCCACCCCACCACAGGUGGACCUCUUUAUAGUGGACCUCUUUAUAGUGGACGAACUUCACUUGAUUGGCGGUCACAACGGCUCCAUUCUCGAGGUCAUCACCUCCCGCAUGCGCUACAUAAGCUCCCAAUCCGCAGCAUCCGCAGCGGCAGGGGGCGGGCUGGGGGCGUCCGGAGGGGCAAACAGCCAGCAGGCGGCAGGGGGGCACAGGAUCCGCAUUGUGGCGCUGGCGGCGGCGCUGGCGAAUGCGAGGGAUCUGGGCGAGUGGGUGGGGGCGAGCUCCCACGGGCUCUUCAACUUCUCCCCCGCUGUGCGCCCCGUGCCUUUAGAGAUUCACAUCCAGGGGUUCGAUGUGUCCAACUUCGAUGCGCGCAUGCAGGCCAUGACCAAGCCGGCCUACACGGCCAUAAUGAACCACACCGCUCGCUCCAGCAAGCCCGCGCUCGUCUUCGUCCCCACCCGCAAGCACGCGCGCCUCACCGCCCUCGACCUCUGCGCUUUCGCUGCCGGGGACGCCGGCGCCACUCUCGCUGCCGCUGCCAACGCCGACGCGUCUUCCGGAGCUGCUGAUGGGACCUCGGCAGCGGCUCUGGCGGCUGCUUCUCCGUUUCUGCACUGUGGGGAGGGGGACUUGGCGCCGUUUCUGGCGCGGGUGAAGGACGAGGGGCUGCGGCACGGGCUGACGUUUGGAGUGGCGUAUCUGCACGAGGGGUUGAGUGCGGUGGAGCAGGAGGUGGUGCGCCAGCUGUUCACUGCAGGGGCUAUCCAGGUCUGUGUGGCAGUGAGCUCCCUCUGCUGGUCCAUAUUCCCCGCCAACCUGGUUGUCAUCAUGGGCACGCAGUACUAUGACGCCAGGGGAGGGGGAGGCGGGUCUGGGGGAGGCGCAUCUGCCGUCGCGGGUGGCAGCGGGGGCGGCAGGGUGGAUUACCCAGUCACUGACCUCCUGCAGAUGAUGGGUCGAGCCUCCAGGCCUGGCCUUGACGACGCUGGUCGCUGUGUCAUCUUCUGCCACUCGGCCCGCAAGGAGUAUUACAAGAAGUUCCUGCUCGAACCGCUCCCCGUCGAAUCCCACCUCGACCAACACCUUCAUGAUCCCCUGAAUGCCGAAGUGGUCGUGCGUACGGUGGAGAACAAGCAGGACGCAGUGGACUACCUCACCUGGUCCUUCCUCUACCGCCGCCUCACCCAAAACCCCAACUACUACAACCUCACCGGGGUUUCCCAUCGCCACCUCAGCGAUCACCUCUCGGAGCUCGUGGAAACCACCCUUUCUGACUUGGAAGCUUCCAAGUGUGUCGCGAUAGAGGAUGACAUGGACCUCUCUCCUCUCAACCUCGGCAUGAUCGCUGCGUAUUACUAUAUUUCCUACACCACCAUCGAGGCGUUUUCGGGGUCGCUGGCGCCCAAGACGCGCCUCAAGGGGCUGAUCGAGGUGGUGGCGAGUGCGAGCGAGUAUGGCGAGCUGCCCAUGCGGCCGGGGGAGGAGGAGCAGGUGCGCAAGAUGCUGCACCACCAGCGCUUCGGGGUGGAGAAGCCCAAUCUGUCGGACCCUCGCCUGAAGGCCAACGUGCUGCUGCAGGCACACUUUGCCCGCCACGUGGUCACGGGCCCUCUGGCGCAGGACCAGCGCGCGGUGCUGAUGGAAGCUUCCAGGCUGCUGCAGGCCAUGGUGGACGUGCUCUCCAGCUCCGGCUGGCUCUCCCCCGCCCUCGCUGCCAUGGAGCUCAGCCAGAUGGUCACGCAGGGUCUGUGGGAGAAGGAUUCCCCGCUGCUACAGCUGCCCCAUUUCACCAAGGAGCUAGCUGCCAAGUUCACGAGCAAGAGAAUCGAAUCUGUAUCCGAUCUCGUGGAUAUGGACGACGACGAGCGGGCGGCGGCGCUCGGCAUGACUGAGGAGCAGCUGUCUGACGUGGCGCGCGUGUGCAACCGAUUCCCAUCAAUCGAUCUCAACUACGAGCUGAUCAACGGCCAGGAUGUGGCGGCUGGGGAGAACGUGAUGAUGCAGGUGACCCUCGAGAGGGACAUCGAGUCCGGGCAGGAGCUAGGUCCGGUGGACGCCCCGCGCUUCCCCAAGCCUAAGGACGAGGGUUGGUGGCUUGUGGUUGGGGAUCCGAAGACCAAUCAGCUCCUGGCAAUCAAGCGAACUGCGCUGCAGAGGAAAGCGAAGGUCAAGCUUGAAUUUGCAGCUCCAGGAGGCGAAGGGGAGAAGGGUGGUGGUGAGGGGAAGAGGGAUCUGAUGCUGUAUUUCAUGUGUGACUCGUACUUAGGGUGCGAUCAGGAGUACGAGUUCAGUCUGAAUGUGGAAGGGAAGGUGAUGGAUGAGGAGGAUUAG